AUGUUCGGUGCGGUGUCGAUUAUUCUUAGCACAAGCAAGUCAAUCAACGCUCCAUGGACAAAUGCAAAGCACGUCGCAGCCGACGAUAAGGUGAUCCGAGUAAAGGAUCCUGUUUUUGUGGUGGCAAUGAUUUUCAAUAUCAAGAAGACGAGGUUGCAAAAUGGAACAGAUGUAAAGCUGGGGAAUGAGGGACAGGCCAAGAAUGAAAACAGACAGGGACCAGCACCCAGCUACAGCGGUGGUGGUGGUGGUGUUGGUGGUGGCGGCAGCAGCAGCAGCUCGACAAGAAGAGGCAUUCAGCUAUCACCCAUCGAACAAUGUCGCACAGUACGGGGAUAA